ACAACGCAUGUGUCAGUUGCUGUGUUCCGCGCAUGCGCUGUGUUGUAUGGCAGCUGUAACUCGGGGUUCGGCGUAAACAGGGGCAACCGUUCAUUUUGCUCUAAAGCUGUGCGGUGUUAUCGUAUCGGGGUUUUGGACUGUCAUUGCGGUAGGACCUCUCCUCCAUGCUGGGCGUCCCAGGGCUGUGGUUGCUGUAGCUGCGUUGCUGGGCUGAGUGUGCUGUAGUUGCUGUGCGUUGCUAAGGAGCUAUCUGCUAACAUGGUGAAGCUGUCAGCCAAGUGUAUAGUAGCAGGUGAUUCUACAGUGGGCAAAAGCACUUUGGUCCAGCUGUUACGCAGCAAUGGCAGCCAUUUCCUGAAGAAUUACAGCAUGACAACAAACGUGGAUGUUGUGAUGAAAAUGGUGCCGCUUUCUGAUACUGGGGACAGUGUUGAACUCUUCCUCUGUGACAGUCCUGGCAAAGCAGUGUUUUGUGAUAUGACAGAGACACUGUGGGACCAGCCUGGUUGCUUUUGCCUAGUAUAUGAUAUCACAAAUGAGGCAUCUUUCAAUAGCUGUGCCAAAUGGCUACAGAAAGUGCGAUCCAAGACAUCCUGUCCUCAGCUGCCGGGAGCGUUGGUCGGUAACAAAACAGAUCUGUUGGAUCGCAGAGCAGUGGACAAGAUGGAAGCUCAGGAAUGGGCUGUGAGAAACGGUUUGGAGUAUUUUGAGACGUCUGGGAAGGAUCUUGAAAACUUUGAGCAACCGUUUCAGUCACUGGCAAAAGCUGUGCACCAUAUGUACCAAGAAAGAAUGGAGAACUUCAAAUCCUUGGUGUAACAUUCUGAGAAACUGAUAA